AUGGGGUUUGGUUCUAAGUGGAUGAGUUGGAUGAAGGGGUCUGUUUUCUCUAUUUCGGUGUCUGUUUUGGUGAAUCGUAGUCCCACUGACGAGUUCAAAGCUUCUAGAGGUUUGCUCCAAGGGGAUACUCUUUCCCCUUUUCUUUUCCUUUUGGUAGCCGAGGGUCUUGCUGGUAUGAUGAGGAAUGUUGUUUCUUUGGGGUCUUUCAAAGGUUUCAAGGUUGCGGAUGGUAUUCAGUUUGAGAUGCUCCAAUUUGCGGAUGACACAGUACUUACUUGUGAUGGCUCUAGUGAUAAUCUUUGGUGUAUAAAGUCUUUAUUGCGUGGUUUUGAAUUGGUGUCGGGUAUACGCAUAAAUUUAAACAAGAGCAAGUUGUAUGGGAUUCAUUUGGAAGAUCAUGUGGUGAAUGCCGCAUCUUCUUUUCUUUCUUGUCAAGUAGAGAAGAUUCCUUUCAUUUUUCUUGGUAUUCCGGUGGGGGGAAACCAUCGAAGGCGGGAUUUAUGGGCGAGAGUUAUGGAGAACUUGAAGACGCGGUUAGGAGGUUGGAGAGGAAAAUGUAUUUCCUUAGGUGGCAAGGUAACUUUGUUAAACUCUAUGUUUAAUAGUAUUCCUAUUUUUAUGCUUUCAUCUUCAAAGCUUCCAAGUGUGUGGUGGAGGCUAUCUUUAAGAUUCAACGGGAUUUUCUAUGGGGGAAAGGAGAUGGUUGUAGGAAAAUGUGUUGGAUUAGGGGAUGUCGCUUCUUUCCGCUUUUGGGAUGAUUGUUGGUUGGGGCCAACGCCGUUAAAGAUUCUCUUUCCUCGUCUUUUUGAGGUUUGUGAAUCUAAUUCGGUGAAAGUGGCUAAUAUGGGGGGAUGGACGAACAAUGGAUGGGUGUGGGAUGUUGGAAUGGAUACAAAUGUUUAG